GUCAUAGUCAUAGACAAACGUCAAAUUGGUCAACUAAACCAAUCCACAAUUUAUUGAGAUUUAUAUUUAUAUAUAUAAACUAAAUAUUAAAUUGUAUGUUAGUCCUCAAGAUUAUAUAAAUUAUGCCGAAAAACAAAGGAAAAGGUGGUAAAAACAGGAGGAGGGGAAAGAAUGAAAACGAAACAGAAAAACGUGAGUUAGUAUUUAAAGAAGACGGACAGGAGUACGCCCAAGUCACAAAGAUGCUCGGUAAUGGCCGCUUGGAGGCCAUGUGCUUCGAUGGCAUAAAACGACUAUGCCACAUCAGAGGGAAAUUAAGAAAAAAAGUGUGGAUAAAUCAAGGAGAUAUCAUACUUAUUGGCUUACGAGAUUACCAAGACGCCAAAGCUGACGUCAUCUUAAAGUAUACCCCCGACGAGGCCAGGAAUCUGAAGACGUACGGAGAAUUCCCAGAAACAGUACGCAUCAACGAGACAGUGGUGUACUCUGUCGAUGGGCUGGACGAAGAUAUCGAGUUUGGAGACGAGGUUAGCUCAGAAGAUGAAGCAGAUGCUGUUGAUGCUAUCUAAGUAAUUUUUUUGUUUCACAUCUAAGUAAGUCUAUGUAAAUUUAUUUUCUGUUUUAAAUAUAAAUAAAGUGUCAUUGUAAUUUUGAUAA